UGUAGACAUGGACGUUGAUUGGGAAGAGCCAGAAGAAAUUCAAAUCAUGGGAUCUCUCCCAACGCACUCACCACAAUUCGCUCUCUCCAAUCUGUAACGCCUUUCCCUCCGAGCUCCUUGCCGAAGUCUUCGCCUACCUUUCCAUCUCCGAAACGCCUGGAGAGCGUCACAUAAUCGAGUCGCACAUGCUCAGUGCCACUCGAGAAAUUCUCGGCUGGAUCAAGGUUACGCAUGUGUGUCGCCACUGGCGCAACGUUGCGCUCGACUACCCCUCUCUUUGGGGCCACAUCAGCUACCAGAUCGGGCCUGAAUGGACGAAGUUGAUGAUGGAACGAGUGAAAGCUGCCCCCAUUAUCCUAAGGCAGAGGCGGAGCACCAAGCACACCGUUGCCCUUGGAGAGGAAGACUACAUUCCCUCGAGGAUUGGCCAGAUCGAGGAAUUGGACCUCUAUGGUCAUCCCGUCGACUUGCGCAAAAUAUUCGAUGGAGUGCAGGGUAAAGCUGCGCCGAGGUUAAGGACGCUUUGCAUCCACAGUGUACAUCGCAAAUAUAGUCUGGCGUCUCUGAUGCUCCAAAUCCAAGACAGUCUCUUCCUUGGCGGAGAGGCGCCACUUCUGCGGGAAGUUUCUCUUACCAAUUGCCGUCUUUCGUGGACCUCGCCUCUACUCAAUCACCUCACAUCUAUGGAUAUUCGUCAAGAGAAGGGAUCACCUGUACCUCCUCCCAGUGUCGAUGAACUCUUUGAUGUACUCGAACGUCUCCCUCAACUGCAGGGCCUCUCCCUCGAACAUUCAGUCCCCUCUUUUUCCGCCCUACCUCAGUUUUCGGGGCGCACUCUAACCUCCAGAUCUCGCACUGUGAAUCUCCCGGAGCUGGAAUCCCUCUCUCUGGACGGAGACCACUCCGACUGUCUUUCUCUCCUUCAAAGCUUGUCGUUUCCGCCCUAUAUCGACGUCUCCAUGCGUUUGCAGCCAUCGCUCACACCAGCGGAGCGUCCGCACGUCAAAAUCAUACAGGAAAUUGCCAACCGCGUGAAGACGAUGGUGAAGGACAAGCUUCUACCCAUAUCUCGUGCAUAUAUUCGCGCACCUCGCAUCGCUCCCGACUCCUCCCACGAGCCGCAUAUCCAACUCCUUGUCGAGCUUCCUCGACGUCAUAUCAACUCCGCCCGCGAGAGGUCCUACCGCACAUCAUUCAAUCUCGAGUUCGAUUUAGAGGACGAUAUGGACGAUCCGGUGUUUUGGGACAUCGCUCCCAUCGUGAAGGACUUCCUCCAUCUCAUGCCCUUGGACGGGGUGGAGGUGUUGGAUAUGCAGGUCGUCGAAGAGUUGUAUCUGUCGCCGCCGGAGUUGAUGGAUAUAUUGCACGGCAUGUCAAAAACAUUGAGGUCUUUGAGGAUCGCAGGGGCGGUGGCCUUCGGGCUCCCGAACGUGUUGAAUCCGUCUUUCAGCGGUCCCUCGUUCUUGCCGAGACUGAAAGACCUCACUCUGUUCGAUUUCGACUUCCAAGUCGCAGAAGGUACAGCCUAUCUCCGCCUUCUCCUCAACGCUCUCGGAUAUCGAACAAAGCUGGAUCCCGCUCGUAUUCUGCAUAUGCUGUCGUUCAAAGAUUGCUAUUUCGCUGUCGGUGGGGUUCCAACUUUGCAGGAGUUCAAAGGGUGCACUGAGACGUUGCUACUUCCGAGAGAGGACGAAUUGCACAAUCUAGACUGUAGUGAGGAUUAUGUGGCAAUAUAUCCAGAGGAUUUCUGUCCCAUUACUUUCAUGUGACGCGCUAACCAUCGAUACUCGCAACUAAUGUUUCGCUCCUUACUUACUUUACUUUACCUUUAAUAGCAUACCUCUGCUCCUCUGCACAAUCC